UACCUCUUCUACGACGCGUAGGCGGCCUCUGUUCUCCGCAGAGCGUCCCGACGCGCGCCGGUAUGCGGCCCCAGCCGCCUCCAAUCCGGCCCCGAACGAAAUUUCCCCACGUACAACCACUCCAAAUUUUUUAGUUAAUAACAAAUUCGCGAGGGUACUUCGACCGGCGUAUGGUUUAGGCGAUCUGCACUAUACGAUUAAGGGUGCUGGUUAAAGGAAUAAUUGGGCGGUUUUCGGCUGGCGCGUAGUGUGUGCGGAUCGCCCACGCGCCGUUUUAUGGCGGGUUCAUUCACGACGCCCACGCGACGCCGUGACGUCACUCGGGUAGACGGCGCCAACGCCACUACGGCGCGAAGAGAGGGAAGCGCCGUCACAUAUACCCUCCGGAGCGGGAACGAGACGGUUGCGAUACGGGCGUCGCGACGCCGACGGGUUUUCCAGGCGCUUUUCUCUGCGGGUUUCGCGGUUCGAACGCAAGCGACGCCGCUACAGGUGUGCGUUAUUUUUUUUUGUCAUUCCGGGUGUAACAUUUCGGGAAUUAUUGGUGGUAUGUAGUGUUUGGUGGUGAAUUGGGAUAUUUUUGAGGUAUAAACGAUGAGUUGCGGUAGCAGUUCGGCGAGCGUUUGUGACGAUUUCGAGGACAGUUACGACGAAUUUUGGAAUGAUUUGUGCGGCAUCGAAGAUGAUUCCGACGACGAGGAACUCGGAGGAGGCAUGAAGGAUCUCGCCAUCACCGAUUACAUCAACACAAGCGUCAACACUCAACAAGACGAUCUCGAGGCCCAGCAACGAUUGGCCGUGCUCAGCUUCGAACAGGUCAACAGGCUCAACGAGGUCAUGGACGAGGUCGUCUCCAUACACGGAAGAGGUAAUUUCCCAACGUUGGAAAUCCGCCUGAAAGACUUAGUAAACGUGGUGAGGGAGAAACUGGAGGCGGACACCACGUCGGGGGGAGCGGGUAUGAAGGUGAAGGACAUCAGAUUGAACGGUGGCGCCGCUUCCCACGUCCUGGCCACCGAGAACCAGCCCUACAACGACCUGGACCUCAUCUUCGGCGUGGAAUUGUCCAGCAUGCGAAACUUCGACAGAGUGAAAUCGGCCGUGCUCAGUUCUCUGUACGAGAUGUUGCCGGACGGCGUGAACAGAAAGAGGAUCUCCACGUGCAGCCUGAAGGAGGCCUACGUGAGCAAAAUGGUGAAGGUGAACCAGAACACGGGCGGCGACCGAUGGUCGUUGAUAUCGCUCGGCAACUCGCGCGGCCGCGGAGUCGAGCUGAAGUUCGUCGAUUGCAUGCGACGCCAGUUCGAGUUCUCCGUGGACUCCUUCCAGAUCAUCCUCGACUCGCUGCUGUUGUUCUACAAGUGCAGCGAGCUGCCCAUCAGCGACAACUUCUAUCCGACGGUGGUCGGCGAGUCGGUCUACGGCGACUUCCAGGAGGCGCUCUACCACCUGCAGAAGAAGCUCAUCUCCACCAGGUACCCGGAGGAGAUCCGCGGCGGCGGACUCUUGAAGUACUGCAAUUUGCUGGUCAAGAAUUACAAACCCGCCAGGCCCGAUUACAUCAAGAGACUACAAAGGUACAUGUGCUCGCGCUUCUUCAUCGACUUCCCGGACAUCGCCCAGCAAAAGGCGAAGCUGGAGAACUACCUGUGGAACCACUUCGUCGAGCCGGACGAGGAGGCGCUGCGCCACCAGUACCUGAUGCUGUUGCACGACGUCGUCGAGGAGUCGACGGUGUGCCUGAUGGGGCACGAGCGGCGCCAGACGCUCCAGCUGAUCAGGAGCCUCGCCUGGCAGGUGCUCUACCAGGACCAGCAGCGCAUGAUGACCCAGCAACCGCCGCCCCUGAUGUACGCCAACGGCAUCGUCUACGCCCCCAUCAUCCAGACCAAUUGCUAUUGCACGUGCAACGGCGCGUGGAUGCAACAGUGCUGUUCGUGAUGCGCUACUGAUACGGGUUAAAAAAGAUGAUAUGUUUUUCGUUUUUUUUUUUCUUUUCUUUCUUUUUGUUUUUCUUUUUUAAUUUCAUUUUGGACGACCCUCGUAGUGAUGGGGAACGUGGACUUCGAGCUUGGUGAAUAGUAAGACAGUUUUAUGCAGUUAUCUUUUUUUUUAAAGCAUUUUACGAUACGGGCCGAGUUUAUAAGGCUUGUAUAGUUUACUUUACUCUAUUACCAGUACCAGUGGGAUACGAAAUGUACUAAAAAAACGAUUUGACCAUUCCAAAUGAAGAUUGUUUGAAGAGAUUAAAGCGCGUUUUCUCUUUGGAAUACGGGGUUAAUUCGCUUAUUUUGUUUUUUUUUGUAUUUUAUUCUAAAUAAAUACGGAGAAUUUUGAUCUUUAAAAAAGCUAAUACAAUUCUCCUGUAAUUCUAUAAUAGAUUAACAGUUUAUUCGAAAACUCUAAAAAUAAUAAUUCAAAAUGACUAAAGGUUAAAAAUUAACUUGAUAGCUAAAGUUGUGAAUUUUGAAUUGGUAUUUAAUAAAAAAUUCAAAAUAACGCGAAUUCUGCGUGUGGAGUGCUCUAUAAGUAGUAUUUGUUGUAAGUUCUAUUUUACGUAAAAAAAUAUAAAAUACCAGACGUUUAUUAUAAAAAUAUAUCCAAUAUAUGAAAAAGUAUAUAAAAAGGAAAUUAGUUAAAGAUUUUUGUGAUAUAGUGAGAACAUUCAUCGAUAACAAAACGAACUCUUAACUGUCUGGUGUUUACAAAAAUAGUAUAAUAAAUUUGUACAUACUAUAAUAUCGUUAAAAAAAUGGUUAUUUUUGAGUAAAUUAUUUGGGAGUUAAAUUUAUGAUAUAGUUACCUACUUUAUUCUAUUUAGUUUGACUCAUAUUGAGUUUUACAAUAACAAAAGAAAAAUACGAAAAAAAUGUUAAGUUCAUGAAAAAAAGUGCCAACGCGUCAACAAAAAUAUUUCUCUUUUAUAACCAUGAAAAUUACCCAUUGAUUAUAAUGAAAUUCCUAGAAAAAAAAACACCAUAUGGCACACUUCGAUCCAUCUUACUAGAUUAAUUUCUUUAAGUUUUCUGUGAUUUAACGACGAAAGGUAAGCGGAAGACAUUUUUUUCUCGUGUGGGUUUGUUCGUCCGAAACGAUAUACUUCAUUUUACAUUUUAUCAAUAAUUUCCCAACAGCGCAGUCUGCACAGAAAUUUGAAUUUUCUUUGAUUCAAUAAACAAACGAUCUCCGAUUACAAAUUUUAUUUCUACCGGCGUUUAAAUAAUCUCUUAUCUCUGUUGUUGCAUAAGUUUAAAUAUUGAAUGUGUGAUUCAUUCGCUUAUAGUGUUUCCAGAGUCAAUUGAACAUAUACCUACAACAAAAUACGUACUAUUAAGUGAAGCAAUUGACUUUGGAAAGACUAUAGGCAUUGGGCAAGAGAUUUCAGACCGUUUCGAUACCGAUUAUCCGAUAAAUCAAGUAUAAUUACAUUAUCAAAGCAAAGGAAUUAAUUACAUUCGUACAGUAUUCGAUAGUAAAUAUCUCUUAUUAGGAAAAUAUUUUUUAAAAGACUGAAUCUGAUCCAUAUUUUUCGCCUUUUUCUUGGUCAAGAGAUAUAUUAUCAUCGUACUAAUUAAUUAAUCGGUUAAUUUGUAAUCGGUUUUCGCAUCGAUCGGGCGUCUAGAAUCGAUUCGAACGUGAGGUAUUCGUUUCGGAGUCGUAUGGCAGUGGCUGUGACAAAAAAAUACAAAAAAAAUACGUUAUUUUGGGUUGUGUAUAAGUAGAUACAAGCGGCGAUUUCGCUGAGCAAUUGCCAUCUGAAGGUGUUAUGAAAAUCAUUUAUUAAUCGUACGAAAGGAUUAUAAAAAUAUAUCAUCUUGAUAACAUACUUAUUUUAUAAUUUGUUUUUCGUAUGAUAGGGUUAGAUGUAAUGUUGCUUCAGUACUAAAUUUUUACAUAUCAAAAAAAUUUGGGAAAAUUUAUAAGAUGUUAAUCAGUAAUCUAUACAGAUCAUUAGUUUCUAUUAUAACACGAUAAAACCUUCGGAUUGCAGAAUGGCGGUCGCAAUAAGUAUUAAUAUCGACAAAAUGCAGAAAAAAAUUCCACAUGUUUCUAAGCGUGCUUUAGAAACGCCCAAUAUUAUACAUAAAUGAAUAUAUCGAGCUCUUCAGCCUUUCCCGAAAGCGGAGGAGGGAAUUUUCCAAUUGUAAUCCUCCCUUGAAACCGUGUAAAUUAUAGCGAAUGAGCCGGGAAGAUGAAGAGUUUACCGUAAUUCUAAUUAUAUAAAUAUUUUGUGAAGAAUAUUGUCGUUAAAUUUAAAAAAGUAAUCGUAGGGUUAAUAAACAAAAAUCUUGAAAGUGUAUUUUUAGAAUAAAAUUAAAUACUCGAAUCGAGCGGUUUCGAUGCAAUUUUCCCCUUAUAUCGCAUUGCGUACCGAACAACUAUAUUUUUUUUGAAAAAGCGUCAUUUGGUACAUAACUUUCGAACAAUAUUAUAGACAAUGUUCGUUAAAAAAACCGCUCGAUUCUCUCAUAAAUAAUUAUAGACUGUUAACGGUGACCUCCACAAAUUUUAAACCUUUAAGUACUUAUUAGCGAACGAGAGCGGAUGAUAUACGAGGAACGGUCGAAUAGUAAAACCCUUGCUAAAAAAAAUCAUUUACUGGAGUUUCAUUAUUAUACGAGGAAAGCUGUGUAUAGUAUUGUUAAUCUAAUUAACAUGGUGUAAAAUUGUACGUGAAACUCUUGUAGAAAAUUCGAAAGCAAGGAAAUCUUGUAAAUUAUUUCAUCGCAUAGUGGUGAUGAUUUUAUAGGUUCGAUCGUUCCUGUAUAAAAAAUCCGCAAAUAUAAUAUAAUAAUUUUUUGUGAGUCUAUCAUCGUAGGAUUCUGCGCUUUUUUAAGUUAUAUACUAUAUUAUAAAUAAAGAUUUAAAAAAAUGUCUAUUUUGAAUGAAUACUAUAUGUUAUUAAGGGCUUGAUCCGUAUAUUUUUAUCGUUCAUAGG